AUGGCGCAAAGCGAUCCCCAUGAUGCCGAAUGGGGUGUGUUGGCGGCUAAUGAAGGCUACGGAAGACCAGAUUCAGAGGAAGAUUACGAGCAGAUAAGCUAUGAAGACGCCAUGGGAAAGACGUGGGGUAAGAACGAAAAGAAGCCUUACAGACACGCUGCCCACGCCAUGAUCUACGCCCCAGAUGGCAAGAUAUUAUGGGACAUGUACGAAAAUAAGGCCGUGAUAUUGAUGACGAUGAGAUUUGACGGAUACAUCGGAUUUCCGGGUGGAAUCAUGGAUGACGGUGAGACGUUGGAGUUUUGGUUAAACCGUGAACUUGAAGAAGAGAUAGGGCUAGAUCUCACCAGGCACAGCUUUACUAAAGAGGACCAUGUUUUAUCACACGUCAUCCACAAAAAGAAACUGCUGCUGCAUUUUUAUUGCAAGAGAGUAACGCUAGAGGAGUGUUUGGAGAUCGAGAAAAGAACCAUCGACGCAGAUGAGUAUGGAUUUGAGGUGUUAGGUCCUAUACGGGUGCCUAUGUUCACAUUUAAAGAUAAUGAAAGAGGCCUUCCAAUAUUCCUUAGCAACAAAUUCAUAGGCAAUGCCAAGGAAGAUCUGCUGUACUGCAUUGAAAGGGAGAACAUCAUGACGAAAGAAGAAAUUCAGCUGGCACUUGAAAACUGCGAGAAAUUUAAGGCAAGAUAUGUGAGAUAA